GAGUCCACUUCACAUCACACACACACACACACACACCCAGGCUUUCAGAAGGAUCAGCUUCAUUUCACUGUUUCUCCCGGUGGAGUGCUGAACUAUUUCUGCAGUUUGUGCAUCUCUCGUGUUCCCGCUUGAACCAAGAACACCAUGGCAGCGCUUGGAAACCGUGGUACUGUCUCGCAGGCGUCGGAUUUCGAUGCCGAAAUCGACGCAGAGAAGCUGAGAUUGGCCAUGAAGGGAGCAGGCACCGAUGAGGCAGCGAUCAUCUCCGUUCUGGCUCAUCGUACGAUUGCGCAGAGGCAGAAGAUUAAGGAGGCCUAUAAAGUGUCUGUAGGAAAGAAUUUGGAAGACGAUAUAAAGUCGGAGCUGACCGGUAAUUUCGAGAAGGUCGUGUGUGGGCUGCUGAUGCCUGCGCCUGUUUACGACUCCUACGAGCUGAGAAACGCCAUCAAGGGUGCUGGAACUGAUGAAGCAUGUCUGAUUGAGAUUUUGGCUUCAAGAACCAACACUGAGAUUAAAGCUCUUGCUGCCACCUACAAGAAAGAGAACGAUCGUGAUCUGGAGGAUGAUAUCUGCGGAGACACAUCUGGCAUGUUUAAGAGGGUCCUGGUGUCCCUGGCCACGGCCGGGAGAGAUGAGAGCACCACUGUGGAUGACGCACUCGUUAAACAGGAUGCCAAGGAGAUCUUUGACGCGGGUGAGGCGCGCUGGGGAACAGACGAGGUCAAGUUUCUCACCAUCUUGUGCGUGAGGAACAGGAACCACUUGCUUAGAGUGUUUCAGGAGUACCAGAAGAUUUCUGGCCGGGACAUUGAGGACAGCAUUAAGAGGGAGAUGUCCGGAUGCCUGGAGGAUGUUUUUCUCGCCAUAGUGAAGUGCCUCAGGAGCAAGCCGGCGUUCUUCGCCGAGAGACUUUACAAAUCCAUGAAGGGUUUAGGAACCACUGACAGCAUCCUGAUCAGAGUGAUGGUUUCUCGGGCUGAGAUUGACAUGAUUGACAUCAAAGCCGAGUUCCUGAAGCAGUACGGAAAAACUCUGAACUCCUUCAUCAAGGGGGACACAUCAGGGGAUUACCGAAAGAUCCUUCUGGAGCUUUGUGGAGCAGAAAUCUAAACUAUGAGUCCACUCCAUUUACUAUAAUAUGACCACAUUUAUUAGGAGUGUGUAAUAUGUUUGCCUAGUUGACUAAUUCCUAUUCAUUAACGUGUGUUUUUUGGUCCAACCAUAUAACAAAACAAUGUCCAACAUUUCACUUUGUGUAAUGCCAAAUAAACAGACUGGUGCUUUAAUCUCAAAUAAAAAUUUAUAUCU